GUACCUGCAGACUCGAUUGAAGAGGAAGACGCAGACUUCGACGCCUCUGAAGUGGAGGUGGUCAAGGUGCGCUCUCUCAGAGAGUCCACAAGGCUGGCAAGUAAGCGGAUUCUACCUCUGGGUGGCUUGGGAGCCGACAGCGAUGGCGAGGACUCGCCGCUAGCGGAAGCUGGCCUGAAGGUGGUGGAAACUGGCGUCAUAACCAGUGAG